AAAAGGGAGAAAGUCCGAAUAGUAAAUACAGGGCGAGGGAGAGAGAGAGAGGUGCUCCCUCGCGUCUUCUCCUGGUCCCGGAGCCCUCCAAUGGCGUCUCCUCGCUUCGAUCGGGUACUCUUCCUCCUUCUUGGUCUCCGUUAGCACCCUUUUUCUUCUUAUGACCUUCCCCUCUCUCCAAUAUGUUCCCGUUUCUUCGAUCAAUCGGUCAAUUUGUAGAUCUAUAGCCGAUACCUUCCCCAAACAUCCAAUUUUUUGUUUUCAUUCUUGGGAUCGAACCCUCGUUUGAACUACCAGUAGAAGUCGUAGAUCAGAAUUCACCCUCGGAAAACCCUACUGAGCUGCUCGAAAAAGCCGUCUUUGUUGCUCGAAUGGGGUUUGCGCGGCUCGAGAUAAACCCCAUCGAGGAGGAAUCCUACGACGUCGCUGAGGAUGGAUGGAAGGCGCCGGCAUCCGGAGCUCCGGCCGCCAGAGCCGACCUCGCCUGCGUGAUAUGCUCGGAGGUCAGCGCGGUGCUCGCCGUGAUGCGGCGCAAUGUGCGAUGGGGCGGCCGGUAUGCUUCGGCCGCGGAUGAUCACAUCAUCGAGCACUCGCUGAUUCUGUCCCUCAAGCUACUCCGCCGGCAGGUCUUCUCCUGUGGAGACGGCCGCCGCCCCUGGUCAACGAUCGACCCCUCUGUUUAUAUCCGGCCGUUUGUGGAUAUCGUCCGCUCUGAUGAGACCGGGGCUCCCAUCACCAGCGUGGCUCUCUCUUCUUUGUACAAGAUCCUUACGCUCGACUUCCUCGACCCUGCAUCUGGAACUGGGGUGGCAGAUGCUAUGCACUUGGUCGUCGAGGCCGUCACAAGCUGCCGGUUCGAGGUGACCGACUCUGCUUCUGAGGAGGCCGUCCUGAUGAAGAUACUCCAGGUGUUGCAUGCAAUCAUGCGGAGCCGUGCAUCGGCUGUGCUGAGCAACCAGCAUGUCUGCACAAUCGUCAACACCUGCUAUCGUGUCGUCCACCAGGCAGCCACCAAAGGAGAGUUGCUACAGAGGUUUUCAAGGCACAUAAUGCAUGAGCUUGUCCGCUGUAUCUUCUCCCACUUGGCUGAUGUCCAGGAUGGUGAUGCGUCUUCUUCUCUGAAGCCAAAGAUAAGUGCAGUUGACAUGGACCAGGCUUUUGGGAUUGCUCAAGUAGAAAAUGGGAAUGGGAGUGUGAAGCUUGAGAACAAAGGUGUGGGAGGAGAUGAAAUUGGUACUGAGCCAGAACAAAAACAUGGCAUGAAAAUCAUGGUAGAGCCAUAUGGAGUUCCUUGCGUGGUGGAGAUAUUUCACUUCUUAUGUUCUCUUAUAAAUGUCCAAGACCAAGGUGGUAGGAGUCCUGCAACCAAUCAGGUAGCUUUUGAUGAAGAUGUGCCAUUAUUUGCCCUUAGCAUGAUCAACUCAGCAGUUGAAUUGGGUGGACCAUCAAUAAGUAAACACCCAAAAUUAUUAUCCCUGAUACAAGAUGAAUUAUUCAGAAACUUGAUACAGUUUGGUUUGUCUAUGAGCCCCGUAAUACUGUCCACAGUAUGUAGUAUAGUUUUGAACCUGUAUCGCCACUUGCGCACAAAGCUUAAAUUGCAAGUUGAGGCGUUCUUUUCUUGUGUGAUUUUGAGGCUUGCACAAAGCAGAUAUGGGGCUAGCUAUCAACAGCAGGAAGUAGCCAUGGAGGCUCUCGUAGACUUCUGUCGUCAGAAGAACUUUAUGGCAGAGAUGUAUGCCAACUUCGACUGUGACAUUACUUGCAGCAAUAUGUUUGAAGAGCUUGCUAAUCUUCUCUCAAAAAGUGCAUUUCCUAUUAACUGCCCUCUUUCGUCCAUGCAUGUUCUUGCUUUGGAUGGUUUGAUUGCAGUGAUUGAGGGAAUGGCUGAUAGGAUUGGAAAUGCAUCUACCUCUCUUGAACCGUCUUCAUUGGAGCUUCAAGAAUAUUCACCGUUUUGGGCGGUGAGGUGUGAGGACUACUCUGCUCCAGAAUAUUGGGUUAAAUUUGUCCGGCGGAGAAAGUACAUUAAAAGGAGGUUAAUGAUUGGUGCAGACCACUUCAACAGAGACCCAAAGAAGGGUUUGGAGUUUCUGCAAGGAACUCAUCUGUUGCCUGAGAAGCUCGAUCCACAGAGUGUGGCCUGUUUCUUCAGAUUCACAGCUGGCUUGGAUAAGAACCUUGUUGGCGACUUUUUGGGAAAUCAUGAUGAAUUUUGUGUGCAAGUGCUUCAUGAAUUUGCAUGGACUUUUGAUUUUCAGGACAUGAAUCUGGAUACUGCUCUACGGCUUUUCCUGGAGACGUUCCGUCUUCCUGGUGAAUCUCAGAAGAUUCAGAGAGUACUCGAGGCUUUCUCAGAGAGAUAUUAUGAGCAGUCACCUCAGAUCCUUGUUGACAAGGAUGCAGCACUGGUGCUGGCUUACUCACUUAUAAUGCUCAAUACGGAUCAACAUAAUGUUCAGGUUAAGAAGAAGAUGACUGAAGAGGAUUUUAUCCGAAAUAAUCGUCACAUUAAUGGCGGUAAUGACCUCCCAAGGGAGUUCCUGACCGAGCUCUAUUACUCUAUAUGCAGGAAUGAGAUAAGAACUGCCCCUGAACAGGGUUUCGGUUUCAUGGAAAUGUCACCUAGCCGAUGGAUUGAUCUCAUGCGGAAGUCAAAGAAGACAUCUCCUUACAUUGUUUGUGACCCGCUUCCGUACCUUGAUCGUGACAUGUUUGCAAUCAUGUCAGGUCCUACAAUUGCUGCCAUCUCUGUGGUGUUUGAUUAUGCAGAACAUGAAGAAGUACUCUCGACAUGUGUAGAUGGCUUUCUAGCUGUCGCAAAGAUCUCAGCAUAUCAUCACCUAGAGGAUGUGUUGGAUGAUUUAGUUGUAUCCCUAUGCAAAUUCACAACCCUUUUGAACUCGUCAUUUGUCGAGGAAACAGUCACAGCAUUUGGGGAUGACAUAAAAGCUAGGCUGGCAACCGAGGCAGUUUUUAGCAUAGCAAAUAGAUAUGGUGAUUGCAUACGCACUGGCUGGAGAAACAUCCUUGAUUGUAUUUUGCGACUACACAAACUAGGUCUGCUUCCUGCCCGUGUUGCGAGUGAUGCAACUGAUGACUCAGAAUUGCCUGCAGAUUCUGUCCCUGGAAAAUCUGUCACAAGCUCAUUGUCCAUUUCUCAUAUUCAUAGUAUGAGUCACCCUCGAAGAUCUUCCGGACUGAUGGGGAGAUUCAGCCAGCUAUUAUCACUGGACACCGAAGAACCAAGGUUGCAACCUUCUGAGCAGCAACUUGCUGCUCAUCAGAGAACUCUGCAAACAAUACAGAAAUGUCGCAUUGAUAGCAUAUUCAUAGAAAGCAAGUUUUUACAUGCUGAUUCACUGAUGCAAAUUGCCAGGGCACUUAUCUGGGCAGCAGGUCGUCCCCAGAAAGUUAGCAAUUCCCCUGAUGAUGAGGACACAGCAGUUUUCUGCUUGGAGCUGCUUAUUGCUAUCACCCUAAACAACCGUGAUCGGAUUGGACUUCUUUGGCAGGGUGUCUAUGAGCACAUAGCCAACAUUGUUCAAUCUACUAUGCUGCGUUGUGCUCUUGUGGAAAAGGCUGUUUUUGGACUUCUAAAAAUUUGUCAGCGUUUACUACCUUACAAAGAGAACCUGACUGAUGAGCUUUUACUGUCGCUUCAAUUGGUUCUGAAGCUUGAUGCCCGUGUUGCCGAUGCUUAUUGUGAGAACAUCACUCAAGAAGUCACCAGACUUGUAAAAGCAAAUGCAGCCCAUAUCAAAUCACAAAUUGGUUGGCGGAGCAUAACAUCCUUACUCUCUAUCACUGCUCGCCACCCAGAAGCUUCAGAAGUAGGCUUCGAGGCAAUUCUUUUCAUUAUGUCUGAAGGGGCUCAUUUAUCACCAGCCAACUAUGUCCUUUGCAUUGAAGCUGCAAGACAGUUUGCAGAAUCUCGUGUUGGCCUAACAGAUAGAGCAGUUCGUGCAUUAGAUCUGAUGACUGAAUCAAUGAAUUGCAUUGCUCGCUGGUCUAAUGAGAUUAGGGAAGGAGGUGCAGAAGCUGAGAAAAAUUCUGAAGGAAUCAAAGAGAUGUGGCUGCGGCUCGUGCAAUCACUGAGAAAGAUUUGUUUGGAUCAGAGGGAAGAAAUCAGGAACCAUGCGGUAGUAUCACUGCAGAGGUGCUUGGUUGAUAUAGAUGGGGUGUGCAUCCCACCCUCAACUUGGUCGCAGGCCUUCGAUGUUGUUAUAUUUGAUAUUCUCGAUGACUUACUGGAUUGCGCACAGAAUCAAUCACAAAAGGAGUACCGGAACAUGGAGGGUACACUUGUGCAAGCUGUCAAAUUGCUGUCGAAGGUGUUUAUGCAGCAGCUGCAAGAGCUAUUUGGAUUGAGUAGCUUCUGCAAGCUUUGGUUGGGGGUCCUCAGUCGUAUGGAGAAGUACAAAAAGGUUAAAAUGAGGGGUAAGAGAAGCGAUAAACUGCAAGAAUUGAUUCCAGAGCUUCUCAAGAACAUUCUCAUUGCGAUGAAAUCCAAGGGCAUCCUUGCAAAAAGAAGUACAAUAGGUGGGGAUAGCCUGUGGGACCUGACAUGGUUUCAUGUAAACAAUAUUGCUCCAUCUUUGCAGGGCGAAGUGUUUCCCGGUGAGGAAACGGAGCAGUUACGUUCUGGUGAUCAAUCUGAUGGCCAAUAGAUCAAACAAACCGUUAUCCAUUUCUCUUUGUUGGUCUGAUAAGAACAUGCAGUUCUUCCACAGCUAAGUUUGGUAGGAUAACAGGGCUCGUGCUCUCUUUUACAUACGCAUUGCUUCUCGCCCUACUUGAUCGUCAUUUGUGAUUCUAGUUGACUACUGUAUCUCAUUUUGUAGGACAUGUCUGUAUCAUAUUUGUCUACUGUGCUUGGUAGAAGUGGUGUUUUGCUUGAAUUUCUUUACUA